GACAUUUGACAGAAUUAAAUAGUAAAAUAAAUAACAUAAAAAAUUGCAUGUUCAGAUGACAGAGUUGCUGAUACGUUUUUUACAUUGAAACCGUCUGUGAUUGAUAAUAAUUAUAACAUAAAAUUGUCAUGAAAUCGUUUUGUGAGAGAUGAGCGUAUUCGGGGAUUUUCAACGUGUUUGGGUGCAACGUUUUCCUGAUAGUGCUUUGCCAGCCGCUUGGGAGGAGGAUGUCCGAGCUAAUUUGGCUAAACAUAAACAGAAGGUUGCUAUAUUGAGAGAAGAAUUGGAGAAGGAAGAAUUUUACGUAGAGUAUUUGGAGACAUUAUUGUCAGAUGUGGAGAAACACAAAGCAGCUGCUGAAGGUAACAAAGCGGCGCCGCCCUCUGGUAAUGACACAAAUGACGAUAAGACGUCUGAUAGCAAACAGGAAUCAAAUACAGAUUCAUUGUCAAAAAAGAGUGAAAUUAGUUUAGCAAGUAGUAAUAAUGAAGAAUUAACAAAUGAGCCUCUUGAGAUUGAAGAAGUGCAUCUUAGACCUAAGCCUGUACAUAUAGGUGAAAGAAGUUCUGUGAAUCAAUGCAUAAAUGAGCUUUCUUCUAAUCUAGCUGUUGAAGCUCGAAGAAGGUGUAAUAGUGAAGUAGUACAGAGAACUGAACCUGAUAGAGAUAGUGAUGUAGCAGGAGAACAAAAAAGUCAAACUGUAACUAAAAACCGUCCAACAUCUCAAGCUGGAGAUUUCGUCACAGUAAUUGAAGUAAAUGGAUUAAAAGCUGCAGAAAAUGCACCUAAGAAGGCUGACGAGUCCCCUCAGUCACCUGAGAGUACUACUGCAGAUUCAGCAAUUGCUACGAAAAAGAAAGUACCGCCUAAACCUCCACCGAAAGUAUUCAGCAAACGUGGUGCGUCGUUACCAGAGACGGGUUUAGAAGACAGUCCCCCGUCAUCACUCGGGCGAAGACUACGCAAUGCUGAAUCCCGAGAGUCCAUCGCCAGCCGAGCAUCUACUCCCUCGAUCAGCGAAAGAGUGAAAAGCUACGAAUCAAUAAACUCUUUAUCUUCUGAACGCAAGAGAUCAGGAGGUGCUGCUACACCUCGUUCAAUAGAUGAAGAAAUAACAUCUACAACACCUGAUUUACCGGAAGGAAAUGAUGUCGACAAAUCAGCACCAGUUUCGCUUGAGAGUAUCCCAGCUGCUGUACCCACAGUUGAAGACGAGCCAUAUUAUGAUCAAGUACCUGUAGAUAUCAAUGAUGGAGAAUACGUUUAUAUACAAGCGGGAGGCACUGGAUCAAGCGAGGACGCCUCUAGUGGUACCAGCACGCUGCCACUCAGUACAGGAGCAGCACCCAUCGCCCCCACCGCUCCCCACGCGCCUGACUCACCCCCCUGCGCUAUUGCACCCAAUUAUGUCAACAUACACUACUUCAUUCAGCAAGGCGGUGAGGGUGCAGAUCCUAGUGAAGCAGGCUCGGAAUUAGCGGACUCAAGUGAUACCCCGCUGUUGCUGCGGACUAUUUCCUCUGACACGGAAACAAGCGCGACGCCGCCUUUACUAAGGAAACUGCAACACCAGGAAUCGAACACGAGCAACAAUGCCGAAGCUGAGCGUCUCACUAUGCAUCGCUGCAUAGUCACAAGUAUCAUAGAAAGUGAGACAGUGUAUGUAGAAUGUCUUUACGUCAUGGAAAAGUAUAUGAACGCAAUCAAGGCUACACUCUCGACAUCACAACCCGUUAUAACAGAGGAGGAAUUCAACACGAUAUUCUAUAAGAUAUCAGAGCUGCAUGAACUGCAUAAGAAUUUUCUCGAAGGACUGAAAGCAGCUGUGGCUAGUUGGGAGGAGCCCUUAUCAGUAGGCAUUCAUUUCAAGAAAAUGGCUGAGAACAUAAACGUGUACGGCGCGUUCCUGCACAACUACGGGCGCGCCACGGACGCGGUGCGGCGGCGCUGCGGCAGCUCGGCGCGCUUCGCCGACCUCACGCGCCAGAUCGCGUGCCGCGGCCAGCCCAUGUCGCUCGACGACCUGCUGCACAAGCCCGUCGCCAGGGUGCAGAAGAACGCGCUCGUCUUGCACGAUCUCAUAAAAUACACACCAGCUAGUCACCCAGAUCACGCAAUGUUAACGGAUGCAUUAAACAUGACGCAACAUUUUCUCGACGAAUUCAAUAUCAUACAAACAAAGUCUAUGUUCCCUAAUGCUGAUCGCGCACAAAGAAGACUCGUUAAAAAUUCAUUUAUUGUAGAACUUUCGGACGGCCACAGGAAGCUAAGGCAUUUGUUUCUAUUCAAUGAUGUUAUCGCUUGUGCCAAAUACAAGGCGUCAGGGCGCGACAAGUUCACGUUCGAGCUGAAGUGGUUUAUUCCACUGCCAGAGAUAGUUGUGGUAGAGGAUGAAAGCGUCGGUGGAGGCGAAGCGCGGGAGACGUCGCCCGCCAACAUCGUGGCGCUCAAGUCGCAGGCGUCCACCGUGCGCGACCAGAUCCUCGCCGAGGAGCGCGCCGCACACGACGACAAGAAAAUCCGAAUCGGCAGCCGCGGUGUAGCAGAAAAGCAACGUAAGAAAUUGGCAGAGUUGGAAGGGCAAUUGGUAUUGGCAUCGCCGAAUCUCGUAUUACGUGUGGGUGCGAAGGCUCCCGGAGGUUCGAACGCGUUACAGCGACAACAUAUAUUUUUCCUCAGCUCAGAGUACGAGCGCACGCAAUGGAUAGAUUCUAUACAUGCUUUGCAAGCGUCGUCAGCGCCGCCCGGCGGUUGCAGCGCGAUCUCGAUGCUAGAGCUGCAGGCGUGGGUGACGGCGUGCCGCAGCUUCCUGCAGACGGACAUGGGCUCGUACCUGCUGCGCAGCGGCCGCGACGACUCGCUGCUGCUGGGCGACCUGCAGCUGCACAUCGGCGGCAUGACCGCGCCGCUUGACACCGCCGCAGAUUAUUACAUUGUAGUGGAAGUGGAUUCUUACGGUCACUAUUUUCGCAAGGCGAAGUCGAAACUAGUGUGCCGCAGCGCCCAACCGCGUUGGAACGAAAGUUUCACUCUAGAUCUCGAAGGAUCUCAGAACCUGCGUUUGCUACUGUACGAAGAUGCCGCGAGACCUGUACUAAGAGGAAAAUGCACACUAAAGCUGUCGCGCGAGUGGGCGGUGGGCAGCGCGUGCGGCGGCGGCGUGGCGCGCACGGUGAGCGUGGGCGGCGGCGCGCUGCCGCUGCGCCUGCGCCUGCUGCCGCCCGAGCGCUCCGAGCGUCGCGUGCCCUCUGCCAAGCCGGGCGCGCUCUUCGGCGCCAAGAUCGCACAAGUCGCCAAACGCGAGAAGCGCACCAUCCCGUUCAUAAUCAGCGCGUGCGUGCGCGAGGUGGAGCGGCGCGGCAUCCACGAGGUGGGCGUGUACCGCGUGUCCGGCAGCGCCUCCGACCUCAACCGCCUCAGGAAGAGCUUCGAGACCAAUCCAUAUGAAGCGGAACAGUUGUUGAAAGAAGUUGAUAUACAUUCCGUUACGGGUGUACUGAAGCUAUAUCUACGCGAAUUGCCUGAGGCGCUGUUCACAGAUGCACUAUAUCCAGAGUUGCUUCGCGCUUGGGGAUCUACACAGGGUGUGGGGACAUCUGUGGACUCGGGACCAGCGCAUACAAGACGACAUGCACUACUCAAAUGCUACGCGCAGCUGCCCGAUCUCAACAAGAACUGCAUAGACUUUCUCCUCAAUCAUUUUGUUAAGGUGAACCAGCACGAAGCGGAUAACAAGAUGUCGCUGCACAACCUGGCGACGGUGUUCGGGCCGACGCUGCUGCGGCCGUCGGGCGCGGGCGCGGGUGGCAAGCAGCGCGCCGACCAGCUGGCGGCCGGCACCGUGGACGCCAUGGCGCAGGCGGGCAUCCUCUACUGCCUGCUGCAGCAGCGCCAGCUCGCCGCGCAGCUCUCCUCGCACCACCGCGCGCCCGCGCUGCUCGACUAGAUCUGCGCGUGCUCGUGCCGCACGGCAACGCAACCUCACCAACCAACCCUGGCUGGCUGGCUGCCUGGCUGGCUGGCUGACUCAAAAAAAACAUGUGGUGUCGUAUGCAUCGGAGCAUCGCGACGGACGCAUCCCUGCCCUAACACUUUCUCAGUAAAAAAUUCCUUGUACCUAGCAGUAGGGCUUAUGUAAGUCUAUAUACGUAUUACUUUUUUGUAAUAGCAAUCGAAGUACUGGAAGUCUAUCACCGUAACCCCUAAUUUAUUUUUUUACACCGCCAUAUGGUGUCAUAUAAUGAAUUGUAUAAUUUGAACUUGCUAUUUUUAUAGUGGCUCAAAACUUAUUCGAUUUUAAGUUGAAAUAAUUUAUAUUAUUUGAAAAUAUUCCAUUUAGUUAUUUAUUUCGCUAUAAAAAAAAUAUGAUUAGUAAGGCUGAUGAUCUUCCAACGGCUGAAAAGAUUUUCAUGAAUCAUAGCUUAAGAAUACUGGAUCAAGUCACUUAUCAAACAAAAAAAAAAGUAAAUCUAAAUCGGUUCAUCCGUUUAGGAGCUACCACAGACAAACGCACAGAUACACACAUUAAACAUAUAACACCCCCUCUUUUUCGUCGAGGGUUAAAAAUAAAACAACACUGCAUGUCAAAUUAAUAUUGUUAUGUUAUAUUAUGUAAAUAGCAAUCAAUUUUUCGACAGAAGAAAUUCAAAUGUCGUUUGUGCAGCGUCAUAUUUUUAAAUGUAUCACGGUGUAUAAAGAAGGUCUGCUGACCGAAUUAAUAUACGGCGAAAAUUACGGCGAGUGUCCAUUUUUAGUAUAUUUAACGGCCUAAACUAAAAUACUUUUUUUUCGUUUAUUAAAUAAUGGACCUAAUAAAUUAUGGAACUAAUGCAAUAACUACACU